CUCGUAGGUCCCAGUCCUUGUCAUCGAGCCGACGUGUCACAAGUUUGAAUGACUUCGGGAUGUUUGGCACCUUUCGUGGAGUUUUGCACGCAUUUUAGCUAAAUCAAAUGGCUCCUUCAAAGCGGAGAACAGCUGUUAGUCCUAAAAAAGCAAAUGGUACACCAGAAAUCCGUAAAAAGAAGCCUCCAAGUCCAACUAUUCCAUCAUUUCUGAUAUGGACAGCAGUCSUAGUUCUAAUAAUUGCAGUAUUUAUAGCUAUAGGGACAUAUUAUAGAAAAACAUAUCAACCAACACCACAGACAGAAAAGAAAGAAGCUUUACCAACAGAAGAAGCUAAAARAGAWGCAGUCAAAUCUGAAAAUAAAGUUAAAAAAGAUAAAAAAGAUGCAAAAAGUCYGGAUCCAYUUGGGUCUAUAACGAACAAGCUUGAUGCAAGRAUAUCAAAUGAACUCAAAAAAGCCAAUAAACUUCUUGAAAAGGGAAAAAUUGAUGAUGCUUUAAAGAGGUUUAGAAGUCUAAUUGACCAAUAUCCCAAAAGUCCAAGAGCUAUGUAUGGACAAGCACAAGCAUUAGACAAAUUAUCAGAACUGCGAAGAAGCAAUGAAAUACUACAAGAAGCCAUUAGUGCUUAUGAAAGAGUCWCUGACCUACAAGACUGCCCUCUAGAGCUCAAACGACUAGCAAUGUCAAGAAUGGCUGAGAGGUUAAACUUUUUUGGAAAGAUGAGAAAAUCUGCUGCGACGUAUGAAAAGUUGUCAGGUCUUUUUCCAAAUGAUGUAGGAAUAUUAAAGGAACUUGGAGUCAGUCAUUUAAUGUAUGGCAAUAAUAAUGAUGGGAAAAACGUCUUUAGAAAGAUUUUAAAACUUCAACCAAACAAUGGAUUUGCCAAGUCACAUCUUGGAUUCAUUCUCAAAAUAGAGUUAAACUACAASGAAGCAAUACCAUUGCUCCAAGAUGGGAUACACAGCAAAGAAGCUGGAUCAGACGAUGGAAGAUUUUACUUUCACCUUGGCGAUGCUUUGAACAGAGUUGGAAAACCGCAAGAGGCAUACAAUGUUUACGUUGAAGCAGCUAAUAAGGGUAUUUUCUUGUCACCUCUUCAACGUUCGUUGUACAAUGCUGAUACUCCACUUAGAGCAAGACCAUGGUGGGAACCUGAGGAUACAGGUUACAUCAAUGCUAUAAGAAAACUUGAAAAGAACUGGAAGACAAUAAGAGAAGAAGGCCUGGCAAUAAUGGACCAAAAAACAGGAGGAUUCAUUCCAGAAGAAGAAAAYCUGAGAGAAAAAGGCGACUGGAGACAAUUUACAAUGUAUCAACAAGGAAGAAAGCUAACAGCAAAUUGUAAAAAGACACCAAAAACUUGUGCAGUUUUAGAUACUAUGCCUGAAUCUACUGGCUGUAAGAGGGGGCAGGUGAAAUUCUCCAUCAUGCAUCCAGGGACACAUGUGUGGCCCCACACAGGCCCCACAAAUUGCCGUUUGAGGGCUCACCUUGGAUUGGUCAUUCCUAAAUCUGUCGCUAUCCGAGUGGGAGAAGUAACCAGGACUUGGGAAGAGGGCAAAGUURUAGUGAUUGACGACUCCAUCGAACAUGAAGUGUGGCAUAACGGAACAACAUUUAGACUUAUUCUUAUUGUUGAUUUUUGGCACCCGGACUUGACCUCAAAACAAAAGGCUCAAAUGUCACCUAUUUAAAUAGUUACGGUAUUAUUAAACAAAAUGUUUAGAAAAUUGUGUUCUUUAGAACUGCAUGAUAAUAUAUAUUMAUUAUAAAUGUUUUUGAAUUUUUUUAAAAAAAUAUGAUUACAAUUUUAGCAAAAUACAUGUCAAAUAUGUCGUGAUGGUUUAUUGUGCUUCAAUGAAAUCAAAGGAAACCCUGAUCCGUAUAAUAUGGAACUACAUGUAGUAGCUACUGUAUAAUACAGGGUCCGUGCAGAGUAUCAAUCAAGCCGCCAAUGGCGACACAACUCGAAGAUUGUUAGACAAGUAUACCGUGGACAUAAAUCAGUAUGAAGCCUCAGACUUUGUUCAGAUGUGGUCUAAUUUCGACAAAAAAUCUAUAAAAUAACAAUAUUGAACUUGA